CGUCCCUCCCUCCGCCGGUUGCGGUAGCAGAGGGUGGCUGGCUGUGGCCUUUAUCUUUCUCCACAAAACCGCCGGCGCUUCUCCUUCCGCCAACCAUUUUUAAAUGGUUCUCCCUUACCGUGCCGUUCACAUUUCCGGCCGAUGCAAUUGAUUGCCUUUUUUAAGUUUGGAUUGGCAAAAAUGCAGACAAUGGCCCGUAGGCUUUGUUCCCGCCUCGUUCCUUUUCCUUCUCACUUCCGAACCUCGGAACCUCCUUUGCUACUACCAUCCCUUUCAAGAUUGGAAACUGUCUCUGAUUCAGUACCAAGCACCUCAAAAUGUCCGGCUGUUGGUGGGGUUUUCCCCAAUUUUUAUGUGUUAAGACCAUAUGCUCGUGGCUGUGGAAGGCAAAAACAUUAUGAUCUCUUUGGAAAUGCGACACCAGGUGAUGAUAACUUCAGGAAGGCCUGGCAGAAAGAGAUGGAUGAAGAUGAUUGCCCAUGGACUGGGAGUGAAGAUGAUAGUGAUUCUGAGAAGGAUGAAAAUGACCCUAAUGAUAUUGCUCAAAUUCGUCUUGAAAAACAGAUUCAGAAAGUGAGACAGAAGGCAAAGGAGCAUUCUGAUCUAAUUGAUGCCGAUGAUAGUGAUGAGUUAAGAAGUGUAUGGUCUGGAAGUGAUGAGGAGAAGAUUUCUGUGGACUGGUAGUGAAGGUGAUGAUGAUGAUGAUAUUCCUACUGAAGCUUACCCUAAUAAAGCUAGUGAUAAGUACAUUGAUAAGUUGUUUGAGGAAAAACCAAAAAAGAACCGGACCAUCUCAGAAUUAUUGAAAGCUGAAAAUGAACCAGAAGAAUUAUCCCCUGGCAUGAAAGCAAGGAAACUUGCUGUUGAGAAUGCCUUGAAGAAGAUAAAGAAAAGGCCAGAUGGGUGUUACACAAAUGUGUGGGAAGUCAUGGGUGUUACACAUGUGUGGGAAGUCAUGAGUGAUAUAGACAUUUUCAUAGGAGCUUUUGAAAAUAUUGUUUUUGGACCUGAAUAUUUUAGAGCUUCGACAGUGGGGUCCAAAGAAGUUAAAUGUUCAGUUUUUCAAGGAUAUACAAGCACGUAUGAGAGAUCCAAACUAUAAGUUCACAUCUGAGUUAAAAUUGAAACAAAAGAGCGAGCUGGUUCCGAGCAAGAAAUGGCAGAAGGCACAGUCUAGACGCAGGAAAGCACAAAAGCGUUAAGUUGUACCCUUUUUGGUAUUGAAGCUGUUUCCUGUAUACCAUUAUACCUUUGUGAUUAUGGCACGAUAUGAUGUCUUGCUUCCAUGAGAAAAUUUUAGGCCAGUGAUAAUGAUAAUUCAAGAUAUCAGUGCUUAAAUUUCUUUCUUGACCUUUUCGUCAAAUAUACUGAACGGUUAGUC